AUGAGGGUAGCAACAAGAGGAAUAGGAGUCUAUGUAGAUGAAACUACUGGCAACCAGUAUGUUAGGCUGAAUGGAGCACGUGGACGUGCAGUGGAUGUGGGUCAACCUACAGUGGUAGAUUUCCAGGGAAGUCAGCCCCAGCAACACAACCAGAGACUUGAUGAAAAUAGACAGUCGACUUUUAAACAUUUUGAGCCCCAUGUAAUGACCUCCGAGGAGGGUAUUUUGGAAGUCGACUUAGUUGUAGUGGUUAAUUGCUAUGUAACAUGA